CCACAGCCCAGCUCAUAAAUAUUACUUGACCACAGAUCCCAUCACCGGCUCCAUCUACCUCUCCGACACCAACAGUCGACGUAUCUAUAAAAUCAAGUCAACCACAUCAGUGAAAGACAUUGUGAAGAAUUCAGAGGUCUUGGCUGGAACUGGGGAUCAGUGUCUCCCAUUCGAUGAUACCCGAUGCGGAGAUGGAGGCAAAGGCACUGAUGCGACACUUACAAAUCCCAGGGGCAUCACCGUGGACAAGUUUGGGCUGAUUUACUUUGUGGAUGGCACUAUGAUCAGGCGGAUUGAUCAGAAUGGGAUCAUCUCAACUGUACUGGGUUCCAAUGACUUGACAUCUGCUCGGCCUCUCAGCUGUGACUCCGUCAUGGACAUUUCUCAGGUUCGUCUAGAAUGGCCCACGGAUCUGGCAGUCAACCCGAUGGACAACUCGCUCUAUGUCCUGGACAAUAAUGUUGUGUUACAGAUAUCUGAGAACCACCAGGUGCGCAUUGUGGCCGGGAGGCCCAUGCAUUGCCAGGUGCCAGGUAUGGAUCACUUUCUCCUUAGCAAGGUGGCAAUCCAUGCCACCCUGGAAUCUGCUACCGCUCUGGCCGUCUCACAUAAUGGGGUUCUGUACAUUGCUGAGACCGAUGAGAAAAAAAUCAACCGCAUCAGGCAGGUCACCACCAACGGUGAGAUUUCUCUUGUUGCUGGAGCACCAAGCAGCUGUGACUGCAAGAAUGAUGCAAACUGUGACUGCUUCUCUGGGGACGAUGGCUAUGCCAAGGAUGCCAAACUCAACGCGCCGUCCUCCCUUGCAGUGUGUGCAGAUGGGGAGCUGUAUGUCGCUGAUCUUGGAAAUAUCCGAAUCCGAUUUAUUCGGAAAAACAAACCAUUCCUCAACAUGCAGAAUCUCUAUGAGUUAUCCUCACCCAUAGACCAGGAACUCUACUUGUUUGACACCAGUGGUAAGCACCUUUAUACUCAGAGCCUUACUACUGGAGAUUAUCUUUAUAAUUUUACUUAUUCCGGUGAUGGAGAUAUAACCCUGAUCACUGACAAUAAUGGCAACUUAGUCAAUAUCCGAAGAGAUUCUACAGGGAUGCCCCUCUGGCUGGUAGUACCUGAUGGCCAAGUCUACUGGGUGACAAUUGGUACCAACAGCGCACUCAAGAGUGUAACAACACAGGGGCAUGAAGUGGCCAUGAUGACAUACCACGGCAACUCCGGUCUUCUUGCCACCAAAAGCAAUGAAAAUGGUUGGACAACGUUUUAUGAGUACGACAGCUUUGGACGCCUGACCAACGUGACCUUCCCUACUGGCCAAGUGAGCAGCUUCCGCAGUGAUACCGACAGCUCCGUGCAUGUCCAGGUGGAAACCUCCAGCAAGGAUGAUGUUACAAUAACAACCAAUUUGUCGGCAUCAGGAGCCUUCUACACCCUGCUCCAAGACCAAGUCCGAAACAGCUACUACAUCGGUGCUGAUGGUUCUCUCAGACUGAUGCUGGCUAACGGCAUGGAGGUGGCUCUGCAAACCGAGCCACAUCUGCUGGCUGGCACCGUCAACCCCACGGUGGGGAAGAGGAAUGUCACCCUGCCCAUUGACAAUGGCCUCAAUCUCGUGGAGUGGAGGCAGAGGAAGGAGCAAGCAAGAGGGCAGGUCACCGUCUUUGGACGUCGGCUGAGGGUUCACAACAGAAACCUCCUGUCCCUUGACUUUGAUCGUGUAACAAGGACAGAGAAAAUCUAUGAUGACCACCGCAAGUUCACACUUCGCAUCCUCUAUGACCAGGCAGGGAGGCCAAGUCUCUGGUCACCCAGCAGCAGACUGAAUGGGGUCAAUGUCACCUAUUCCCCAGGAGGUCACAUUGCAGGGAUUCAGAGGGGCACGAUGUCAGAAAGGAUGGAGUAUGAUCAGUCUGGCAGAAUUACAUCCAGGAUCUUUGCUGAUGGCAAAUCGUGGAGCUACACUUACUUGGAGAAGUCCAUGGUGCUGCUCCUUCAUAGCCAGAGACAGUACAUCUUUGAGUUUGAUAAGAAUGACCGGUUGUCAUCGGUGACCAUGCCCAACGUCGCCCGUCAGACUUUAGAAACCAUUCGUUCCAUUGGUUACUACAGGAACAUCUACCGACCACCAGAAGGCAACGCCUCAGUCAUUCAGGAUUUCACAGAGGAUGAGCAGCUGCUCCACACUUUGUACUUGGGGACUGGAAGACGUGUUAUCUACAAGUAUGGAAAGUUGUCCAAGUUAGCCGAGAUGCUCUACGACACCACAAAGAUCAGUUUCACCUAUGACGAAACCGCUGGCAUGCUGAAGACAAUAAACUUGCAGAACGAAGGGUUCACGUGUACAAUCAGAUACAGACAGAUAGGACCCCUCAUUGAUCGACAGAUCUUCCGCUUCACCGAGGAAGGCAUGGUCAAUGCACGCUUUGACUAUAAUUAUGACAACAGCUUUCGGGUGACCAGCAUGCAAGCAGUCAUCAAUGAGACACCUUUACCCAUUGAUCUCUACAGGUACGAUGACGUGUCAGGCAAAACUGAGCAAUUUGGUAAAUUUGGAGUCAUUUACUAUGAUAUUAACCAGAUUAUCACCACUGCUGUCAUGACUCACACUAAACAUUUUGAUGCCUAUGGUAGGAUGAAGGAGGUCCAGUACGAGAUAUUCCGGUCGCUGAUGUACUGGAUGACUGUGCAAUAUGACAACAUGGGGAGAGUGGUUAAGAAAGAGCUGAAGGUUGGCCCUUAUGCAAACACAACUAGGUACUCAUAUGAGUAUGAUGCUGAUGGCCAGUUGCAGACAGUGUCUAUCAAUGACAAACCACUCUGGCGUUACAGCUAUGACCUAAAUGGAAACCUCCAUUUGUUGAGUCCAGGCAAUAGUGCCCGUCUUACACCGCUCAGGUACGACCUCAGGGACCGGAUUACCAGACUGGGGGAUGUGCAGUACAAAAUGGAUGAAGAUGGCUUCCUGAAGCAAAGAGGCAAUGAUGUUUUUGAGUAUAAUUCAGCUGGCCUGCUCAUCAAAGCCUACAAUAAAGCUAGUGGGUGGAGUGUGAAAUACCGCUAUGAUGGCCUAGGAAGGAGGGUCUCUAGCAAAACCAGCCAUGGCCAUCACUUGCAGUUCUUCUAUGCAGACUUGACCAACCCAACCAAGGUCACCCAUUUAUACAACCACUCAAGCUCCGAGAUCACCUCUCUCUACUAUGACCUCCAAGGCCACCUCUUUGCAAUGGAGCUCAGCAGCGGUGAUGAAUUCUACAUAGCCUGCGAUAACAUUGGCACUCCUUUGGCUGUCUUCAGUGGGACUGGCUUAAUGAUUAAGCAGAUACUGUACACAGCAUAUGGGGAGAUCUAUAUGGACACCAAUCCCAACUUCCAGAUCAUCAUUGGCUACCAUGGAGGACUGUACGACCCCCUCACAAAGCUUAUCCACAUGGGACGGAGAGACUAUGAUGUGCUAGCGGGUCGGUGGACGAGUCCAGACCAUGAUAUGUGGAAGCAUCUGAGUAGCAAUAACAUAAUGCCUUUCAACCUGUAUAUGUUCAAAAACAACAAUCCCAUUAGCAACUCUCAGGAUAUCAAAUGUUACAUGACAGAUGUCAACAGUUGGCUGCUCACCUUCGGGUUCCAGCUACACAACGUCAUCCCCGGCUACCCCAAGCCAGACAUGGAUGCAAUGGAGCCAUCCUAUGAGCUAAUCCACACACAGAUGAAGACCCAAGAAUGGGACAAUAGCAAG